UAGUUUUAAUUAAAAAUCUAGAAAAACAUUAUGAGAAUAUUAAAUAUACAGUUUAUAAACCGGCAUAUGAUAUUCAAGAAGACAUAAUUGACCUUUCUUUUAAGGAUGAGUUAUUACCAGGAAAUUACAUUUUAUAUAUUAAAUACUUUGGUUUUACUGAUGAAGUCUUUAGAAUUUUCGAUGUGAAAAAUAAAACUGCUUUCGUAGCUGCUACACAUUUUCAUAUAAUAGGCACCCGGUAUAUAAUGAGUACGUGUUGGGAUGAAAAAUAUUUAUUCUUAGAAGCAACCUUUAACAUAUCUAUAGGAUGUAAUCAAUGCACGGCUUUGUCAAAUAUGCCAUUGCGAAAUACAGAAAAAAACAAGCACAAUAUGUUAAUGAAACGCUUCGAUAUCACACCUGCAAUGUCGCCGUAUCUUGCAACAAUAAUUGUAUCCAAUUACUUAUCACGUGUUGAUAAUAAUACUCAACAUAUUCAAAUGUGGUGCAGAAACGAAUCUGUAUUUCACAUGGAAUUUGCAAAAAAUGUAGCUGAAAAUAUUACGUUGUUCUAUAAAAAUACAUGGAAACAACAUUCGAACAAUAUUUCGAAAAUGACUCAUGUUGCAAUACCAAAUUUCCCUGAUAAUGGCAUAAUAGUUUACGGACUUGUUUUGUAUAACGAAAUGGAUAUCGUUUACGAUAAAAAUUUGUAUCCUGUUUCUCACAAAAUCGAAAUAGCUCAAUUAGUAGGACAUAAAGUGACACAGCAAUGGUUUUAUAAUCUGAACAAUCCGUUUCAAUCGGCUUCUUGGUUCAACAAAGCUCUUACUACAUUGCUUGCAAUAAAUACUGUCAAUAAGUUUUAGUACCAAUUUCGAGAAAAUCGGUGAAUAAAUAUGCGAAUACGUGUGUGGAUGCGUGGGUGGAAUAAAACUUAAAUAAAUCACACAACAGCCUUUUCAGAAAUAUUUGCAACAUUUUAGUACCAAUUUCGUAAAAAUCGGUCCAUAAAUGCGCAUGCGCAUGGGUGAAUGUGUGGGUGGAGGUGUAACAUUUGAGAAAACCACCAAUUGUCGUUAUCUCCAAAAAAUAUGCAACACUUUGAUAUCAAUUUAAAAAAAAUCG